GAAAAUAAAGCCGCGCUCUCAUUGGUUUAGAUGUGUCUUUAUGUCGUUCGUCUGAGGGUUUGCGAUCUUACUAUGUUAGCUAACAAAAGUAAAGUGUAAUAUUCAUGAGUGGCAUCGCGUUGGAAUUUAAAACGUGUGAUUGGUAACACCUUGUCAUGUGAUUAUGGAUGAAGAUUCGACUUUCAUUCGUAUGUUGGCUAUUGUACCAGCUCAUAGAUCGCCCCAGGAGAAUGCCUUCAUAUUUGGUUAUCUUCGUACAAUUGAAGGGUUGAAUCUUUCUGGCCCAUCAUCAGCAUAUCGAGAUGAUGAAUUACGCGCAAUCAGUCGUAACGCUCGUUAUCGUCGUGUUCCAGGCGAUAUGUUGUUGUAUCACACUGGUGAAUGGUGUGAUUCUUGGUUUAUUUUGAUAAGCGGAUCAGUAUUAAUUGAAAGUUCCAUGUUCUUGCCUCGAUCAUAUUUUGGAACCCGUACAAAUGGAAAUUUUUAUCGCCGUAAUGACUGUCUUGUCCUCGAACCAUCUGAUCUUGUUGUGAUCGAUUAUUUGGACAAUCAUAGUUUACCCAUAUCAUUUACUAAUACGCAUCAUCUGGCAAUGGCUCCGUCCAAGCAUAGGCAUUCUUUAGAUCAUGCACUGGUGUCAUUCAAUGAUAAUGAUACUUCAUGUGAAAUUUUAUCAAAUGAUCGUUAUUCGGGAUCGUCUCAUAGUAUCAGCUCGUCAUUAAAAAUCCCAUCUUUGCUGAAUUCUGACCAAAGCAAGCUCCAAAGACGACCUACCAGGAGUACACAGGCUGAUGCUAUUAAUUCAUUGAAAUCAUUAUAUUUAAGUGACACAUCAUCUACACAUUCUUUUAGUUCUGGAGGCGUUCAAAAUAAUUCAAGUCAUGGACGUUCAACUCAUUCGUGCGUUUUAAAAUCUCCAGAAAAACGCAACAAAAAGAUAGGUUAUAACUAUCCUAAAUGGCAUAAGACUGGGUCAGACAAUAGCCAUUGUAUGGAUUCUGAAGGUGAUGAUAAUGAUGAUGAUGAUGAUGAUGAUGAGGAGGAGGAGGAGGAGGAUGAAGACGAAGAGCUUGAGUCAAGUAGUCAUGAGUCUAUUCGUGAUGCAUUUUGGGAAUCUAUUCUUAAACUCCCAUCAGAUCGUACACAAGAAGAUGUCGAUUUAUUGUUGGGAAAUGUUGAACAAUUGCCUGCUUUCUCUAAUCUAACUAAGGCUACAUGUCGUUCCCUCUGCUCAGUCAUGGUGCUAGCUAUUGUUCGUGAAGCUGGUCAAAUCGUAUUGCAUGAUAAUGAAGUACUGGACACUUGGUCUGUUGUGCUGAAUGGGACUGUCGAGGUUAUUGAACCAGACGAUACAAUUCGGGAAUUAACUCGUGGUGAUGCAUUCGGUGUUCGUCUUAGUAAAACAGAUUGUAUUCAUCAUGGUGUAAUGCGUACAGUCACUGAAGACUGUCACUUUUUAUGUGUACCACAAACCGAUUAUAUAAAUAUUAUGAGUCGUGAAGGAGAAGCUGAAAUACCAGAAAUGGGUGAAGGUGGACGUGUUGUCCUUGUCUAUGAAUCAAUAAAUUUAGACACAACUCUUAACAUCGAUUCGAAUAAAUCAUCCAAUGACAAUAGUUCUGUGUUGUUGAAAAAAUGUCGACUGGUCACAAAGGGCACACCGGAGAAACUAAUUGAACAUUUGAUUGCUGAUCUUUCCAAUGGGGAUAUAUCGUAUCCAGAAGAUUUUCUACUUACAUAUCGUACAUUUUUAGAUUCACCCCGACCAAUAGUUGAUCGUUUAUUAUCAUGGCAUUUGCAUAAUCCAAAGUUACGUACACGUGUUAAUCGUAUAAUUUUAUUAUGGGUUCAUAAUCAUUUUAAUGAUUUUGAGGAUAAUCAUGAUAUGAUGAAGUGCAUUGAAAAAUUUGAUAAUAUGUUAUCAUCCGACGGCACGGCUGGUGAGCGUCGUCUUUUUCGUUUAGCCUGCAGCACCAAAGCUCGUCCACGUCAAGUCGAACUUAUAAUUCCGUUGAAAAAUUCAUGUCAUUCAAAUCGAGGUAAUAAAUCGUUCGGAGUUGAUGAUGGUACUGUGUUUUUGUCAUCAAAUGGACAACACUUGGACAAUAAUUGUAAUACAAUAAAUUCUCUCAUUGAUCUACCAUUCACAAUGAUUGGUGGCGAGGAUGGUUUUGGAGUGUUUAUACAUCAAGUAUAUAGUUUAGUCUCAAACAAUAAUUCUGAAGCAAGCUGUGAUGAGCAAACAAACCAAAAAUAUCUCACUAAUCCAUCUUCAUUAUCGUUAUCAUCACCAUGCGACUCAAGCUAUCCACCAUCAUCAACAACAUGUGUACUUCCUAAUUUUUCAUUUGUACAUAAUCAAAUACGUCGGGCUGACCAAUUAUUAUCAGUGAAUGGUCGUUCAGUAGAACAUUUAAAACCAUCUGAUGUCAUACAAUUAAUUAAUUCAAUGAUAAACGCAUGUUGUCCAGUGGAUAUUAAGACUAAAUCAAAUACCAAACUAGUAUCUGGUACCAGUGGAUCAUUGUCUCCUUCGACUACACAUUAUUCAACCGGUAUAGACAAUGAUACUAUGCUAGAUCAUUCCAAAUCAUCUACAUUAUCGUCAGUCAUCAGUGUUACUUUCAACCUCCGUUUGUUAGUUAUUUUUAAUCCAGUUCAGUAUUAUCAAGCUAUUAACUCUUUAAAUACGACACAUACUGCUCAAACUUCGAUGAGGCCGAUCAGUGAAACAAUAAAUGCUUAUCAAAUUGUUGACGAUGUAAAAAACCACGUGAACAAAUCUACACCAUCAUCAAACAUCACAUUGAAUAAUCACAAUGGUAAUAAUGAAAUUUGUCGACUAAAAAUGCAUAGUUUGCCUCUUGUAACUAUCUGUCCGCUAUUACCGUAUGCUUCUACAAAUGAACCGGAAUAUUUUCGUCAUCCAAAAAAUCUCCAGUCAUUGGAACUAUCCACACCAACUAGUAUAAGCAUACCUGAUGAUCUUCUUAAGAAGUCAAAUUAUCCUCAACAACAACAGUCUUCUUCAACUGUAACACUACCGAAAAUGCCAACACCAUGCUCCUUCUCUACGGUCAGUACUCUCUCUACAUAUCCGGGUAACAAUUCAAUUGGAAGACGUGGUCGAAACUUUCAACCUUCACAUGUUACAUCGGGUCGUUCUUCCCACAGUGCAGAUACAUCACCGACUCGAUUAUCACAUCCUCAUGAAGAUAGUCAAGUGUUUUAUAAGACAUCAAUAACUGACAGUAGUAAACAGUCAUCCAUUUCCCAGCCACGUUGGUCACAUUCACUCAAAGAUCCUACCACCACCGAUAAUCGAAGUAAUAAUAGCAAUGAUUUAUGUCGACCGUACGAACAACAUCCAUCCAAUAACACAUUCAGGAGUAGUGCAAAAACAGCCAAUCAUAAUUACUUCCCACCAACACCAACACUGCAAAGAUCGUCAUCACAGCCGGAUUUAAUAAUGCUGGACAAAUCAUUAAUAUCUGGUAGUAAUGUUGCUGCUACAGUCAGUGACUAUAUUACCGUUCUUCACCAAAAUCAACAUAAUUUAACUGAUAGUGUCAAAUAUUCAGGCUUAAAUUCCGGUAGUAAUAAUAUUACUCAUACGGACCAUUUGUCAGUGAUACGUGUAUGGCGAUCAAGUGAUAAUGGAAAAGAUCAUUCUAGUAAGCUGAUUAUAUUACCAAGUAGACACACUAAUGCAUACGAAGCGACACGUUUAUGCAUGGAGGAAUUCAGUAUACCGGUGGAGGAUCAGCAUUCUUAUCGCUUAUACCAUGUGACUGUUGAAUCUGGGCCAAUUGUGAAACAAAGUCGCUUGUCUAAUGUACUGGAUGAUUUAUCUGGACGUUUAACUUUGAAUUCAAGAUAUUACUUAAAAAGUUUGCAUAAUCAUGAUCCGCUUAUUGCGGAUGAUGUUGCAAAAUCAAUUCUAGCUGAAAGUCGUGUUACGUUUACACAGCUUCCACCGAAUGAAUUAGCUGCUCAGUUAACUAUUGAUGAUUAUGAAAUAUUUCGAUCUGUUCAAUCCACUGAAUAUAUUGAUGAGAUAUUUGGACUCAGUAAUCCAUAUGUUGAUAAUAUCUCUUCAUGUGUGAUUGGCAAUAAUAGUAACACUAGUAAUACUGGAUAUGCAACAGGUCAUGAAAAUUUGGAUCGAUUCACCGAUCUUGUCAACCGUGAAGCGUAUUGGGCUCCCACUGAAAUUUGCAAUGAAACUAACUUGAAUCGACGUGUUGAUUUGUUGAAACGUUUUAUCAAGCUUGCCAAAUUAUGCCGUGAACUGCGUAAUUUUAACACAAUGUUCUGUCUACUAGUUGGAUUACAUCAAACACCUGUCGAACGAUUAAAACAAACUUGGGAUCGCUUACCAAAUAAAUACCAAAAAAUCUAUCGAGAUUUAAGUAUGGUAUUGGAUACAUCUAGAAAUUUUCAUCAUUAUCGUACUCUCCUAUCAGCUAAUAAUGUAUCGGCUCCAAUGUUACCCUAUCUACCAUUGGUAUUGAAAGAUUUAACAUUUAUCCAUUUGGGUAAUCCUUCUUGUACUCCAGAUGGAUUGAUAAAUUUUGUCAAAUUACGAAUGCUUGCUAAAGAGGUUCGUGCCAUUUGUCGGAUGUGUAAUGUUGAUUAUGAUUUAUGCACUACUCCAUAUCGCGGUCGUUCUGGUGGUGCUGUCGGACGUGCACGUGCUGGUGCCAAUUUAAGCGCGCUUAAAGCAGUCGCUUCUGUUUCAUCUAUCAAUCCAAAAUCGUACUUUUCAAAUCUUACAUCGAUGAAUAACUCCAGUCAAACAAACCAUAAUAAUAAUAAUAGUGCUAGUACAGAUUCUAAUUGGUCAGAACACGAUAUGGUUGAAGUGAAAUUCAGUCAUUCAAAUUCUCUUGACGAUAGUGAACAACAACAACGUGAAAGUAUACUUAACUUUGAUGCGAAUCCUAUGAAUCCGACUAAUGUUUCGAAUGGUUUUAACGUUGGACACAAGCGUCUACAUCAUCAUGGGAAUCCUACAACUCCUUCCAGUGGAAGUUUCAAUGUGGAAUUGUCUACAGCUAACUCGUUCAUUGUCCCCGGUGGUGGUAUUCGACGGCGAUCAAAUCUUGGUCUAAUUUCUUCAUCAAUUAAUCCAAAAAAGAUUUAUGAAAGUUGGCUGAUGACUUUACGGAUUCGUACGUAUUUCGCUAAUUUAAGAGUUGUCCAAGAUCCGGAAUUAUUGUCUCAAUUAUCCUCACGCAUUGAACCUAGUGGUAAAGACUCAAGAACUGUCCAACCCGCUGUUGUAUCUUCAGUAGGCAAUGCUGGUACCACUGCUACCAACAAUAAUAACAGUUCUGCUAAUGAAGGAAAUGAUCCACAGCAGUUAUAUACAUCCAAUUUCCCAUCCUCCAACAAUAAUACAAAAUUAAAAGGCAUAAAGCUGUCUCUCACAAAAACUUCUGCACAGUCUGUUAUAGUCGAAUCGAAUACAAACAAAAAGUCUCCACUUAAAGUUAUCAACGUAUCGACAGAAUCUCCAUAUGUACCAUCAGCAACAGUAGCAGCAUCAAUCACAUCUCAUCCAACGUCUACGGAUCCAAAAGAUAUGUUUACCCGACCAUUACUAGGCGCACAAUCUGUUGAAGAUGCUCGCAAACUAUUAGCCCUAAGUGUAGGUGGUAAACGUUCUUCCCAGAGACGUUUACCAGUGUUCACUUUCCCGAAUCACUUUCAUUACAAUAAUACUCAUAAUGUCGCUCAGUCUUUGUUCAUUACAUCACCAGUUCGACCAUAUGCUGGUAUUGGAUUUGGACACCUGAAAUCGCAACAUUAUAACAAUUCUAAUGUAUCAUCUUCUAUAGGAUCAUCUUAUCAAGUAAAUAAUAAUACUAUCAUACAAAUGCCAAAUAACAGCACACCGAAAUUAUCAUCCACCUCUAAUGCUACCAUUUCCACAUGUUCUAAUCAUUUACACCAUCAUUAUCAUUAUAGUAAUACUCACCUUAUAUGUCCACAACCGACUCGAUGUUAUUCCACUCCUACCGGUACAACAGGCAGUAAAAGUCUCCUGUUGGAUAAUCUUAUCCCAAUACCAUCUCGUAUAGCUACUAAUAUGAACGAUAGUGGGAAUAGUAAUUCUAUAUCGAAUCAAAUGUAUGCUAUGCUACCAAAUCAAAGAGAUCCUUAUCAUCUGCAUCAGCACCAGCAUUCUUUAACUCAUCACCAACAGGCAUCAGCAUCUCCACCUCAUAAUCGAGGCCAAGCAACUAUGAAACAUCAAUAUUUUAGUCAGGCAACAAAUCAGAAUACAAAUUAUCAAUGCCAACAGCAACAACCAAACCCUCAGUCUCUAUCGAACUCCAUUGGAUCUCGUCUAACACUGAAUUCUAACACUGCUACAGUGCUAUAUCCAUCUUGUCCCGGUAUCUCAUUACAGCAACAGAUGACUUGCCCACAUCGGUCUACUCAUUUAUCUGGUGGAAGUGCCUAUCCCUCAAAUCAGCAACAACAACAGGCAACAGUACAAUCAGGUCGCUUUAGAGAACAGUCAUCGUUGCAACAGCAUUCAGUUUCAUUCAAUUUCGAUGAGAACUAUUUAUAUCCUACUGCAAAUACACUUCCACUUGGUGGUUCAAUGCUGUCUAUACCUCGUAAUUAUCGACAGUCUAUAAUACGAAGAAUAAUUCCACAAUACUUAAAUUGCACGCCGACUCGGCCACCACCAUAUGAAAUAGCUUUGGCUUUAAAAUAUCCUCAAAAUGCCAAUUCACAACGAGUAUAUCAAUCACUGGAAAAUGACACGAUUAAUACACGACAUGAAAAUAAUAACAAUAGUAUUAAUAAUAAUAAUAAUUACCAUAUAGCAAGUAAUUUAUCAUCUGGCAUUAAACAUGGAACAGUUGGUCGUGUUCCAUUGGCACAAACUCACACACAAAUUCAAAAUUCAAAGUCAGAUAAACAAUUUUUUACUGUUAAGCAGUUACCGGAUAAAAAUUCACAAAAUCCUAUAAAUUAUGUCUCAUCUACAACAACAUCGACAACAGCAACUUCAACGAUUGUGUCUUCACGUUCAGAAUUCAGUAACAACAGUAAUAAUAGUAAUAAUAAUCUGCAAUAUAGAUCAUCUGAGCGGAAUAAAUCCUCUACAGUGUGUCAGUCAUUCCAGCAGUGUAUACAAGAACGACCUUCUCCGCCAUCUUAUCAGCAGGUUUUAUCCAUGUCACGACAAGGAAAUAAUCAAGGGUCAUUGAAAAUUAUCUCUGCUCAAUCUCAUCCACGUACAAAUAUUCAUUCAUCACAUGGACGCCCACAACCUCCACAACGAACAAUGGCUACAUUAUCUUCUAAUUGUAAUCAUAACAACUAUCGAGCCUCUUCAUGUAGUCCUGGUAUGACUAUAGUUCGUCCAGUCGUAAAUGAUCUCAAUACUGUUGAACCACAUCGCAAACAUAUUGGCAGAUCGACCCAGAAGGCAACCUUUCAUUAGUUGUUGGUUGUAAACAAUAUUUUUUUUUCAGGCAAAUAAGAAAGUGACCCAUCCUUAUUUCAUCAUGACACUUUAUUUUAUCGUCAUUCAGUUCACGUUCUUUUUCGUCCUGUUGUGUGCCUCUUGUUUGUUUGAUAGUGCUCUCUGUUUUAUAUUUUUCUGUUUCUCUUUCAAACACACAUAUUUAUUAAUGUACACAAGUUUACUCGUUUUGUUUUUUUAAUGUUAAUUCAUGUCUUAUACACACAUCAUUAUUUUCAAUCUUUACUUUGUGGUGUAACUUUAGUUCUACCAGUAUAAUUACCCAUGUAUUAAUGGUUUCAUUACACGCACUUGACAGUCCUUUUUAUUGUUUUUAUUCGACGAAAUUCCUGUUUGAUUGUUUGGAAAAUUGGUUUGUAAUUAUUUAUUAUUGUUGUUAUCUUGUUUGUUGUUGUUAUUGUUAAGUUUCUCGAUAACAGUGAAGAAAUCAUCCAUUUUCGUUGGAUAAGCCAUAUCUACCUGCCGGUCUCUCUCCCUCAAUUUUUGCUGUUGAUCCGUUUUUUUCAUUAGGGAGUUCAAAACAAGAAGACAUCAACAGAGAACUGAUAGUGUUCGUUAUAUAGUUUUAUCCAAUCUUGUUAUUUUUCGUUUCACCUAUGUGAUCUGGCCUAUUAAUUUGCUAUGAUAUUAAAAAUUCUGUAGAAGACCGACUGAUAAAUAUCCACUCAUUAUUACUGUAGUAAUUAUUAUUAUUAUUUUCAUCGUUGCUGUAUAUCCAUAUCCCAAAGAUAUUAGCUUCUGUAACCAUUUCAAUUGUCUUCAGUCUACUUCAUUUAGUCACCUGUUUUCUCAUUUAGUUCUGUAUAUCUCUUUAAUAAAUUUAGAAAAAUCAGUGUUAGUUCAUUUCUUCACAAUGAUUUCAGAUCAACUCUUCGAUCUGUGUAAAAAACACCCUAACUGUAAAUUAUGGAAGCACAUUAUGUAUAUACGUACAAUUCACUUGUUACUGUUUGUAUUCGUUACUAGUAUUGUUUUUGUUUUUCAGAAUUUUAUUCAUCGUAAUUGUGCCUAGUUUACCAGUUAUGUAUUUCCUUUAUAUAUAUAUCGGAUUUGUAUACUUCUAUAAAUUACUUAGUGUUUGGUUGGUUUUUGUUUAUAAAUAAACACUUGAAUAUACUUAGUUAUUCAUUUUAUCUCUCCAUGAAAAAAAAUUUCAAUUAAGAUCAUGAACCGAUCGUCUUUAUAUGACCAACAAAAGCCUAGAAGCAUUGGAUGACCGUUUUGUCUUAGUAUGGGACCCCUCAGCAAUAUGCAUCCACGAUCCCGUAUGCGAAAAUCGAACCUAGGACCUUCGGUCUCGCCCACGAACGCCUAAUCUCCAGACAACUGAGCGGGAAUACAACGGUGUUAAUGUUCAUGAUCUCAAUUAUUUUGGGCUUUUACUAGCCCAGCAUUUUCGAGAGUCUAGAUAUCAGUAACUUCAGUAUUUUUGUCUUGAAUCAGAUUACUCAUGAGUAGUCAAUGUGAAAUUACAAAACAUUUGUGUGCCGGAAGUUUUUCUGCGUUGAACACUGCGUCCUACCACGCUUAGAAAUUAUUAACGAAGAUGAUAUGAGAUUCAACGCCAUACCAGUGUAAUGAAGUGUCUUAUUGAAUCUGAUUAGUUAUUGGGCAUCACGGAGUAUUAUUUCACUAUAUUCUGAAACCAAUUCUAUUUAUUCGUGAAUUUUCUCACGAUAGAAUCCUGGACAUAUUUCAUUGAUUGGUAUUUCCUACGAUUGUACGUAUUUUCAAUGGGACAAACCUAUGAUUAUUAAAAUUGUCUAACCUUCUUCAAAAGUAUUAAUACCACAAAACUGAAGCAUAUGUUACGUAUUAUCACUAACAUUUAAAGUGUCGUCUUCAAAUUGUUCAUUUUAUUAAUGUAUAGUUGUCAGUUCCACACAAUUCAUUCGAAGUUGAGUAGUUAAAGGAUUAUAUUGGCUUACAUAAAGUUUUAUAUUCACCUAAUGUUGGUUUAAAUUACUGAUGUGUGGGUGAGAAUGAUAAUGAUUGGUUGUCUGCUUAGUCAGAUAUGCAGAUAGUCCGACAAGUGUUAGAUGAGUUAUAUAUUCCCCUAUCAUUAUUAUUUAUUUAU